AUGGACAUGAUAAGUCAGUUGCAUGAUGAGCUUCUCUUGGGAAUAUUGUCGUUACUGCCUACUGCUAAAGAUGUUGUGGCCACAAUGGUUUUGUCAAAACGUUGGCAAUCUCUUUGGAUGAUGGUGCCAAGGCUUGUGUACGAUGAUAGCUAUCAGAACAUUGACUAUGGAAAAUUUUCUACCUUUGUAGACAGAUCAUUGGUUUUGCACAAGGCUCCGGUAAUCGAAACUUUACAUUUCAAAUUUGGUAAAACAUGUGGUAGUACCGGAGAUACUCUUAAUAGAGCUGCAGAUAAAUGUUGUGUGCGUAACCUGAUUAUCGAGAUUGAUACUUCUUCUACUAGUAAUACUCCAGUCACACUUCCUAGGAGCUUGUAUACUGGGGGAUGUACAAGAUUUGUGACCUUGGAACUUAGUAAUGCGGUUCUCGAGGAUGUUUCUUCCCCAAUUUCUUUCCCAUCCCUUAAAAACUUGAGUCUUAUAUUUAUGAAGUACCCAGGUGGUGAUGAAUUUGUCAAGAGGCUUUUAUCAAGCUGUCCUGUUCUUGAAGACUUGGUAGUGGAGCGAUGUCCAGAUGACAGUGUGGCCAUUUUCACCGUUAGAGUACCUUGUCUUAAAAAUUUAGUCUUGCAAAAAACAAGGAAAGUUAUAAUAAACGAAUCUCAUGGGUUUGUGAUAGACGCUCCUUCUUUGGAGCGCUUGGACUUUGCUGAUUAUUCAUGUGGGUUUUGUAUCGUUGAGAAUAAUAUGUGUCAGAUUGCCAGAGCAAGUAUCGACGUUUACUCCCCCGGAACUAAGCAGCUUUUGGGCUCUCUAACUUCAGCCAAGCGUCUUUUUCUCUGCUUAACAAACUCAAAGGAUGCGUACCCUGUUGGUAGUAUAUUCCAUUCUCUUGUACAUUUAACUAUAUGCAUAUGUGAGACGGAAUGGUUGAAUGUACUGAUACGUGUGCUCAGAGAUUCCGCUAAUCUUAAAACUCUCAAAAUUCAAGAGUACCAUUACAUUCGGACUAGCGAGCCGCGCCCGUGCUGGAAAGAAACGAGCUUGGUUCCUGAAUAUCUGUUACCUAGUCUUGAAAAAUUUAAAUGGAGAUAUUAUGAAGGAACGGAAACAGAGAAACAAGUUGUAGCAUUCAUCUUACGAAUUGCAAGCUGUUUAAAGCAGGCCACUAUUAAGUCCUCUAGAUCCAUUAACCACAACAAGAAACUUGAGAUGCUCAAGGAUUUUCCUGUAUCAUCGAGGCGUUCACCAGCUUGUCUGCUUGCAUUCUUCUGGACUCUUAAACUUUAA